GUUUUGUUUUGUUGUUACCCGUUGUCGUCGUCGUCAAAAUAUUCGUCAGCAGCAGAGAGUAAGUGCAUGGCCUUCAGUUAUUCAUGAGUUUUAAUGGUGUGUCCUCGUUUGGAGCAAAAUCAAUGAUUAUGCAUUCGUGUGUGCUGCGGAGCAAACGGCGAAAAAGCUAAAAAGUCAGAUGUUUCACAAACUCGGAGCUGCGUCGUCGUCGUCGCGAGACGUUUCCACAGACGAUUCCAUGACACUCACGAACGGCAGCAACUCGCCAGACGGGACUUCGAUAUCGAGUUUGACGUGGGCUGAGGAUGCCGUGCGACAAACGCAGCUGGAAUGGGAGCGAAUUGAACGAAUUUUGUACGGAGAAGAGCCGCUGCCCAAAAAUGACAAACCUUUUUGCGAAGAAGUUCUCGCAUGGCGACGAUUUUUCCCCGAAUUACGCGUUUUGGGAAAGGCAGCAAAAUUUUUCUACAGCGACAACUUGAAACCCACCGAUCCCGAGUACGAAGAAGUCUUUGCCGAGCAUCCACAAACUCAAUCAGCACGCACUCGACAAGAAUUUCGCGAAUCAGAGCUGGAAGAAUGUCUCGUAAUUAAUUCGGGAAUCGCAACUUCGCCUGUUCCAUCAUUGCAUCAUCGCACAGCGACCAUUUACAAGCCAAUUGACAAUCAUCCUCGGAAAAAACUCCAAUUACCGAGCAUCAUGACACCCAAUACGCUCAUUGAGAAGAUCCGCACACUCGAAAUGGACAAGCAGGGACGAGUUACACGGAGUAAUAUCAGGUAUCGGACUUACGAGCCACUCAUCACGUAUUCCGCCAAGUCGUUGAUUUCCACGAAACUUCCGCAACCGUGCACGAAUAUCUUUUUCCGGAAGGAUUUGAAGCUACCUCCGCCCCCAAAAUCGGCAAUUCCAAGAAUAAAGCAGAGUGUGACGUUGCCAGCGAUAAAUGUGACGACGCCAACUACCGUGGAUUCGGGUAUCGCGGGACGAUCGUUGGAUUUGGAGUCUGUUGGGAUUGUGGGAAGAUCGAUUUCGGCGACGAAUUUGCCCGUGAGGAAACAUGUCAAGUUUAAAAAUAUGUUGCCGGAGCUGAAAAAUGAAUGAUAUUUGUUGGGGAUCUCAUUUUUAGGGUUUAAGGUUUUAGGAUUAAUAAAUUGUUGUU